AUGGCGCAAGCUCCCCCAAACGGUGGCCCGAGAUCUCUGGCGACGGCACGAGCUCCCCCAAGCAGCGGCACGAGAUCCCCCGAUAGCGCGAGCUCCCUUGGCGGUAUGGUUGAAGAGAGCAGCAUUGAGCGUGACGACAUUAAGGAUCCUUUCACUGAGGUUUCCAUGUUUAAGAAAAAUUAUGAUCAUCUUCCGAAGGAUACAUACUUUGGUCUAUACAAAGAAGCAACACGUGGUAAUCCAAACUACUUCCUUACUUAUGGUAAUGGGAAAUCGGCUGCAAGGGUUCAAGAGCAUAUGCGUCCAAAUGGUGCUCAUAGAUGGCAUAAUUACAUGAAAACCCCAAAUGAAAUCAAAUUGGAGGAGGCUGCUAUUCUGCAUUACACCUACACAAAGUUCUCAGACCUAACCUCAAGAGGGAUAGGUGUGGCUAUCAUCCGUGGCCUCAAGGAAUCCGGUGUCUUUACCAAUGCAGUAACAUCAGCGAACGCACAGUCGAAAAUAAAGUCAUCAAACAUGGGUCUUGAAAACGAGGCCAUCCAACUAAACGGAACAGCUGGUCAGUCCACACUGGAAGCUGCCCACGAAAAGUUGCAGGCAACCGUAAGAAAGAUCCUGGAAAUGGUUGACGCCCAGGAAGAAGCAAUGCCACCAAUGUCGCCCCCGGGUUUUCUGGAGCUCUCUGAAAGCGCCACUGCUUUGUCAUGA